AUGGAAAAUUUGGCCCUGAAUAAACAAACAUGGCAAGCAAAGCCGUAUAUUCUUAAUAAAACAUUUCAUUCCGGUAACGCUGUUGAUGGACUUAAGACAGAUCUCAGGGCUUUUGGAGGACAAUGUGCAAUAUCAAACCAUUCACAGAAAUCUGCUACGUGGUGGGUAAAUUUGGGAUCAGUCUCCAGCAUACACCAUAUCCGGAUUUAUUAUAGGACUGGAAAUGCAGCAUGGGACAACUCGAAUGGCUUCACCGCUAGAUUUCUUGGAUUCUAUCUUUAUGUAUCAAACACAACAAACAGACUCGGUGGUCAUCUCUGCUUCCACGAUACAAUCUACAACAGAUCCACAAUACCUGCUGUUAUUAACAUAAGUUGUCCUGUACACGGACAAUAUGUCAUCUACUAUAAUGAGAGACCACAGAGUUCACAAUACGCUUAUCAAUUUUCAAAGGACGCAUUAAAUGAACUGUGUGAAGUGGAAGUUUUUGGAUGCAAUGUAGGCUUUUAUGCGCCAAACUGUUCCAGUACAUGUCCUAGCAAUUGUCAACAUCCUUUCUGCAACAUUGAAACAGGUGCUUGUCAGGAUUGUAAACCGGGGUUCAAGGGAUCCCAAUGUGAUUUAAAAUGCAAUGAUAGAUAUUAUGGGGAAAAUUGCAUCAGCCUUUGUGGAGAUUGUCUGAACUUUGAAGAAUGUCAUCAUGUUAAUGGAUCUUGUUUGAAUGGUUAUGAUGCAGGAUUUUUUGGAGAAAAAUGUGAUCGACUCUGCCCAGUUGGAUUAUAUGGACGAAAUUGUGAAAGAACUUGCAGUAUAAACUGUCUAAAUACAAAAAGAUGUGACUCAAAGUCUGGAGCUUGCCAAGGAGGAUGUAAAACAGGUUGGAGAGAACAAGACUGCGAACACGAGUGUGAUUCCAACAUGUUUGGGGUAGAAUGUAGUAAGCAGUGUGGACAUUGCCGGGAUGGAUCUCAGUGUCACUAUGUUAAUGGAACUUGUCUCUCUGGGUGUGACUCUGGGUAUACUGGUGAUGCAUGUACCGAAGCUUGUGGACCAGGAAUGUAUGGUAUUGGCUGUAAACAAAAGUGUAGUGCAUUUUGUUCCGUGUCAGGUAUUUGUGAUCACGUGACCGGAGCCUGUAAACAGGGCUGUAAAAGUGGAUGGAUGGGACUGGAUUGUCUAGAGGUGAAAGAAACAACUGGAGGGAAUACUGCCCUCUACAUAGUCAGCACCUUUCUCUGCAUAUGUAUUACAGUUAUUGCGGUUCUAGUAGUUUACAUCAUUCGCACGAGGGGCAAAAACAGGGAGCUUCAAACAAUAAAAAACAACUCAGGUAGCAAGUCAAACCGUUUAAGCACUGUGGAGGAAAAUUAUGACUCGAUAAAUUGUACAUCGAAUAUGGAAUAUCAAGAACUUGGGGUGAUCUACAAAAACUUAUAAAGAAAUUGAUCUGUUUUCGUUCGGAAUUUUCUGAACUGUCUGAACAGCUGAACGAUUAUAAAAUAUCAUAAAGAA